GCGGAGGCCGGGCGGGCGGCGGGCGGGGCGCUGCGGCCGCGGCCAUGGCCGACGAGACCCCUCGGAAGGGCAGCUUCUCGGCGCUUGUCGGACACACCAACGGCCUCACCAAGCCCGCGUCUCUCGCCGCGGCCGCCGGCGGCUCCAAGAAACUCGUAAUCAAGAAUUUCCGAGACAGACCUAAAUUGCCUGAUAACUACACUCAGGACACCUGGCAGAAACUUCAUGAAGCAGUGAAAGCCAUACAGAGUAGUACCUCCAUCAGAUAUAACCUGGAAGAGCUCUACCAGGCUGUUGAAAACCUUUGUUCUCACAAAGUCUCCCCAGUGCUGUACCAGCAGCUGCGCCAGGUCUGUGAAGGCCACGUCCAAGCACAAAUCCUUCAGUUUAGAGAAGACUCGCUAGGUAGUGUUUUAUUUUUAAAGAAGAUUAACACAUGCUGGCAGGAUCACUGCAGACAAAUGAUCAUGAUCAGAAGUAUCUUCCUGUUUCUGGAUCGUACUUACGUGCUUCAGAAUUCCGUGCUUCCUUCCAUCUGGGAUAUGGGAUUAGAACUAUUUAGAAACCAUAUUAUUAGCGAUAAAAUGGUUCAGACAAAGACCAUCGAUGGCAUCCUGCUUCUGAUCAAGCGGGAGCGGAGCGGGGAGGCCGUGGACCGGAGCCUGCUGCGGGGCCUGCUGGGCAUGCUGUCCGACCUCCAGGUGUAUAAAGAUUCAUUUGAACUGAAAUUUUUGGAAGAAACUAAUUGUUUAUAUGCUGCAGAAGGCCAAAGGUUAAUGCAAGAAAGAGAGGUUCCGGAGUACCUGAACCAUGUGAGUAAGCGCCUGGGGGAGGAGGGUGACGGCGUGAUCACGUAUCUAGACCACAGCACACAGAAACCACUGAUUGCCUGUGUGGAGAAGCAGCUGUUAGGAGAACAUUUAACAGCGAUUCUGCAGAAAGGGCUGGACCACCUGUUGGAUGAGAACAGAGUGCCCGACCUCACUCAGAUGUACCAGCUGUUCAGCCGCAUGCGGGGCGGCCAGCAGGCACUGCUGCAGCACUGGAGCGAGUACAUCAAGACUUUUGGGGCAACGAUCGUUAUCAAUCCUGAAAAAGAUAAAGAUAUGGUGCAGGACCUGCUGGAUUUCAAGGACCGAGUGGACCACGUGAUAGAAGUGUGCUUCCAGAGGAACGAGAAGUUCAUCAACCUGAUGAAGGAGUCCUUCGAAUCGUUCAUCAACAAGAGGCCAAACAAACCUGCAGAGCUGAUUGCAAAGCACGUUGAUUCAAAAUUGAGAGCAGGUAAUAAGGAAGCAACGGAUGAGGAGCUGGAGAGGAUCCUGGACAAGAUCAUGAUCCUAUUCCGGUUCAUUCACGGUAAAGAUGUCUUUGAAGCAUUUUAUAAGAAAGAUUUGGCAAAAAGACUCCUUGUUGGAAAAAGUGCUUCCGUUGAUGCUGAAAAGUCUAUGCUGUCGAAGCUGAAGCACGAGUGUGGGGCUGCGUUCACCAGCAAGUUGGAAGGCAUGUUCAAGGACAUGGAGCUCUCUAAGGACAUCAUGGUUCAUUUCAAGCAGUAUUUGCAGAAUCAAAGUGACCCGGGCUCUAUAGACCUGACAGUGAACAUACUUACGAUGGGAUACUGGCCGACGUACACCCCCAUGGAAGUACAUCUAACUCCAGAGAUGAUUAAACUUCAGGAAGUAUUCAAGACGUUUUAUCUUGGAAAGCACAGUGGUUGAAAGCUUCAGUGGCAAACUACACUGGGUCACGCCGUGUUGAAAGCAGAGUUUAAAGAGGGAAAGAAGGAGUUCCAGGUGUUGAUGUUCCAGACGCUGGUGCUUCUCAUGUUCAAUGAAGGGGACGGAUUCAGCUUUGAGGACAUAAAGAUGGCCACUGGGAUAGAGGACAGCGAGCUGCGGAGGACGUUGCAGUCCCUGGCCUGCGGGAAAGCGCGCGUCCUGAUCAAAAGUCCCAAAGGAAGGGAGGUCGAAGACGGAGACAGAUUCAUCUUCAACGGAGAAUUCAAGCACAAGUUGUUCCGGAUCAAGAUCAAUCAAAUUCAGAUGAAGGAAACCGUUGAAGAGCAGGUCAGCACCACAGAGCGCGUGUUCCAGGACCGGCAGUACCAGAUCGACGCCGCCAUCGUCAGGAUAAUGAAGAUGAGAAAGACGCUGGGCCACAACCUGCUCGUUUCCGAAUUGUAUAAUCAGCUGAAGUUUCCCGUCAAGCCUGGAGAUUUGAAAAAGAGAAUCGAAUCUCUCAUAGACAGAGACUACAUGGAGAGAGACCAGGACAGCCCCAACCAGUACCGCUACGUGGCCUGAGGCUCGCAGCGGCUCCUCCCAUGAGACACUAGAAUGUAUCUUUAGGGCAGAAACAUUUCUGUGCUGUUUCCAGGACUUUCUGGUACUUAGCAGCAUGGCUGCUUUGGGACUAGCAGGAAAGAGGGGAUCCUUGGAUCCUCCUUCACAGGCUCAAGGAUUUGCAAAUGGCUUGUGUACCUUCCCUCCAGUUCUUUCUCCUG